AUGGCUAAUAGUUCAAAGAAUAAUCAUCCUUGGUUUGAAAUUUGUCAGUCACGUCCAACAGCAAAAUAUCAAGUAUUUAUAUUUCCAUCUGCUGGUACACCAGGUCAAUAUUACCGUGAAUGGGGAAAAAAUUUUCCUGAAUUUGAAUUUUCAUUAAUAAUCUAUCCUGGACGAUUAACUAGAAUGAGUGAAAAUUUACUAACAACUAUAAAAGAAUAUCUUAUGGAAAUGACUACAGGACUUAUACCUUAUAUAAAUAAACCAUGUAUUUUUAUUGGGCAUAGUGUUGGAACUGCAAUUAAUUUUGCAUUAGCUAAACAUAUGAUUGACACCAAUAAUAGAGGCAAUUUAAUUAAAUUAUUAAUUGAAAUGGGAAGAGGACCACCUCAUUUGAAAGAUCCUGAUCUAUCUUUUGCUCAAAUGACUGACGAAGAAAUAGUUCAAGAUUUAAAGAAAAUGGCAGAUCCAAAAACACGAGAAGUUUAUGAUUUUCCAUCAUUUGUUCAAAUGUUAAUACCAAUGUUAAAAGCUGAUGCAUUGGUUGGUGACGAUUUAUUAUCUGCAACUCCAAUAAAUGUGCCAAUUAUUGUUUAUGGUGGAGAAAAAGAAGAAAAUGUUAAAGAACCAUUUUUAAAUAGAUGGAAAGAACUAACAACAACAAAUGAUUUAUUUCGCGUUCGAAUGUUUAAUGGACAUCAUAAUUUUCAAUCCGAAUGUCAAAAUGAAGUUUUAGAAUCUGUUAAACAAGAUUUUAAAUAUUUAAUUGAAUAUUUAAAUAAUAAAGAAUUUCAUUAA